UUAGAAUUGGAGUUCACGUCUUGUAUCAAAGUUAUUGAUAAAUUUUGACAAAUUUCCGAAAUCAAAAUGGGUGGCGUCGCUACUUUUUAUCUCAACGCGAUCGCAUCUGCAUUAUUUUCAAUUUCUGCAAAUAAUGUAUUGCAAUUUGGAAGCAAGGAAGCAGAUUACCACGAGCCAGGACGAACUUGGUCCAUGUGUGGACGAGAAAACUUACCACUCAACAAUUCCUACUGUGAUGAGUUUGAUGUCAAAAUGAAUUUGGCACUAGCACAGUUAUCUUGGGCGAUCGACGCCAUGAAGAAUAAUCUCGAAGGUCAGAAUUGGAUGUCGACCAGCCUGAACGGUACUCCGAAUUGGGAGACUAUUAGACCUAGGAAAAUGGUUGGUGGCUUCAAUCCUCCAGAUCCUGACGAGGUGCAGAAGGAAAUUGACGAUCUUAAAGAGGAAAUAGUGGAUCUGCAAACUAAGCUGGCUCAAAUAGACGUGAAUGGUGACAUCGACAAAGUUGAAAGUCAGAUGGCAGUCGUGCAAGAAGAAAUUGCGCAAUUAACGACAAAAAUGGACAGUUUAAUGCAAGAAGCCCAAGACACUUUCAAAGAUCAAAUAGAAACAUUGGUCACAUCCCUGAGCGCCAUUUCGACCGCAGCUUAUACCCUUAAAAUAACAGUAGCGAAUUUGGAGAAAGAUCUCGAAGAUUACAAAAUUAUAAAUAUAAUGCACGAAAUUGUCCGUGGGCCUGACAGCGGGACGGCGUACCUGUUCGAGAAAGGAUCCUUCAAGGGCAGCAUGACUACUGUGCUGUCAUCCCUCGUGUCACUUUCUUAUGUUGAGGUUCUCAAUGACAACGAAUUCAUCUUGAAAAUUUUCAAAUUUCUGAGUCUCCUUGAAGACAAAUAUAAACUUGACGGAUGCAAACACCUCUACUACAUAAUCGUCCUGAGUAACCACUUCUACAACAAACCACAACCCUUCCUCGUGGCCCAUAUGCUGACAAGUUUGUUGCAGUCCGAUGACCCAAACGUUGCCAAUGGAGCCUCAAAUUUUCUAAAUUCUGUCGUUUCCCCCAUCGUAAAAUUCAUUGCUUCCGAUAAGAACGCCAACAAUGAACCGCUCUGCCACGCCCAAUACAUCAACAAUGUAAUUGCUCCGUGCACCGUUGUUGCGGCAGGGGAUGGAUUCGCAUUUGAUGAUUCACAUGUCAUCGGAAAUAGCGCAUUCCAGUUUGGAUCGAAUUACGACGACGGUCUAAUGAUUGGGGAUGAUUGCGCAGUUGCAACGGGAUUUAUGGAAGUUCCACAUGCCGUUAUGAAAGAGUCGGCCCAUUUCUGUUUUUCACUCCAACCUGGUGCUCGACUGAAUAGACGGGUUAUAUAUGACGCUGAUUUUGACCCGUCUGAUUUUGUCCGGUCACGUUGGAAGUAUGCAGACCAAUCACCUUGCUUAGGAUGCAGGAGCGCGAAAUGUUAUUUAAUUUUGUAUCCACAAGCACUGGCUAAUGAUGAAAUGACUUAUUGGAGCUUGUUCGGGGGUGGGGUAGCAUGCGAGUCAGUUUGACAGUGAUGGCGAUUGCUUACGACGCUAUUGUUUCAAAAUUUGCAUUGAAAUGACCAUUACAGAUUCAAGGAUAUUGUUUCUAUUUUAGACAGUGUAUAACAUAAAUUCAUUAAAAUGCAAUAAACUUGAAUAAACGAACGGGAUAAG